UUGUAUUCUUCAUCAAAACGCAGACGUACUAAACCUUAUCCAUGGCUCCCCAGUCGACCAACAGCAAGAAAUCCACCCUCAUGCCCCUCCUCUCCGCCGCAUCUCAGCCCCCAUCGACGCCCAAAUACGAUUCUCCACUUCCGAACAAUACCCUUUUUGAUUUUAUACAGUCCAUCAUAGUCAACAAACAGGAGAAUAAAGAACCCUUUUACGUGCUGGACUUGGGUGUGGUCGCUUCCUUAAUGAACCGAUGGACUCGCAACCUCCCCAACAUCCGACCCUUUUACGCCGUCAAAUGCAACCCCGAUGCUUCAUUCCUCAGCGCAAUGGCCGCACAUGGCUCGAACUUCGACUGUGCAAGCCGAGCUGAGAUUGAAGCCGUUUUGUCGCUUGGUGUAUCUCCGGAUUGUGUAAUCUUCGCCAACCCAUGCAAACCGGUGCCGCACAUCAAAUACGCAGCAGAAGUCGGCGUCAAUCUCACAACAUUUGAUUCGGAGUUUGAAGUUCUGAAGAUCCGAAAACACCACCCGAAUUGCGAGUUGCUGAUUCGGAUCAAAGCCCCGGAUGAUGGAGAUGCUUCGUUCCCCUUGAGUAAAAAAUACGGUGCUCUACCGGAGGAAGUCGAGCCGCUGCUCCGAGCUGCUCAAGCAGCGCAGCUCCCAGUUGUCGGCGUUUCUUUCCACAUUGGCAGUGGCGCGAGGCGUGCAGACGCAUACAGAACCGCUAUUGAAGCGGCUCGAAAAGUGUUCGAUACAGCGGCUCAUAUUGGCUUAAGUAAACUGCGGUUGCUCAAUCUCGGCGGCGGCUUCACGUCCAGAGGACAGUUAUUUGAAGCCGCAGCAGAAACUAUAAAUGCUGCUGUAACAGAAUACUUUGGGGGUGAACCAGGAUUGACCGUCAUGGCCGAGCCGGGGCGGUUCUUUGCCGAGUCGGUGUUCACGUUGGCUACCAACAUAAUCGGGAAACGCGUGAGGGGUGAGGUCCGAGAGUACUGGAUAAACGACGGGAUCCAUGGGUCAAUGAACUUCCGAUAUUUUCAAUAUGUGCCGUUAUCGACGCCGUUUGCAUGCAUGUCGAGGCCGGAAAAUCUGAUGUGUCAUGGAGAGAUGACGUACAAGUCGACAGUGUUUGGGCCCACCUGUGAUGCCUCAGAUGUAGUGUUCACCGAGCACCAGCUCCCGGAGCUGCAGCUCAAUGAUUGGCUGAUUAUUCCGAAUAUGGGUUCGUACACUAGGGCUCUGGCGUCUUACUUCAAUGGGUUCAACCCUAGUACCAGUUUGACCUACGUGACUUACUCCAAACCCACUUAGCUCUCUCACG